AUGGAAUUGUCAAAGUGGUUGCUUGAUCAAGCAUUCACACCAGAGCACAGUUUCCCAGUUUUUGGAAUAGUUCCGAGUGAGAAAGACUUGCGUCAAGGAAAUGAAUUUGGAUUGAUUCAAAAGAUUUUACUUGAACAAAUAUCAAGAAAAAGGCAUGGCAAAUACUCUCUUGAGGCCGCAAUUUCAAUAAUUGAACUGUGGUACCAUGAUUUCCAUCCAACAAUUUGGGAAAAGAUCAAGAAUAACCAUGAUGGUUGCAGCCCAGAAAUAUAUCUGGUCUUGAUUUUAUACAAAGCCAUUGAUUCAGGAAUUACUGUCCAAGAAGAUGAGGAAAUCCUCACAGAAUGGGAUAGCUUAGAUGAUUUGAAAAUUCCAAAUCUAAGAAAAUUCCCAUUCACAAUGAAACCUGAAAGGUUUUUUACAAAGGGUCUAUCUGGAGAUGGAUCAAUCAAUCCGCCAAUUGACAUUCUCAAAAUAAAACAAAGUGAUUUUGAACCAAAUUCAAUCAAAGUUGAAGGUUUACCUGCAAGAGUUUGGAAAUACAAAAAUAAAUCUGAAACACAAAUAUUCAAAUAUAGAAUAAGACUUGAAGAUGGGUCAAAAGCCUCUAGAUUGAAUAAUGUGAUAAGCAGGUUCAAUCUCCUUGAUACCCACUUGAAAAUAUGCCACAGAGAAAUACUAUGCCACAUGAACUCACAAGGAAAGGAAGUGGUGGAAGAUGCACUGAAUUCUUUUAGUGAUUGGUUCAAGAGAGUCCUCACUGGAAAAGAGGAUCAAAGCCUUCCAAUAAUAGGAGAUAUAGAAACAGGAAAAGUUCAGUUGAAUUGGGAAGACUUUGGAAAAGUUCAAAUAUACAUGGGGAGGUAA